CGGCUCGCCCCUUUCUGCUGGUCCAGGUAAUGGCUGCUACGGAGGCCCGGGGUCUCGGUGCGGACCAGCGGGAGGAUGCUGCAGGGGUCCGCGGUGGAGUCGGGACCAUGGAUCUUGAAGGAAUCGAGUGGAGCAGAGCAGAACUUUAACACUUGCACUAGGGAAACCCUUCCCUGCUGGACUAGAGUUGUUCCACUGGAGAAACCAUUCCCUGGAGCCAGAACUACAGUAAAGAUUGUAUCCUGGAGCCGCUUUCCCUGCCAGAAAGUCCAGGUGGCUCCACCGCUUCAGAAGGGCCUCCAUCUGUGCCUUGUCUUUUCUGUGAGGAACAUUUUCCCGUGGCUGAACAAGACAAACUUUUGAAGCACAUGAUUAUUGAGCAUAAGAUUGUCAUAGCUGAUGUGAAGCUGGUUGCAGAUUUCCAAAGGUACAUUUUAUAUUGGAGGAAAAGGUUCACUGAACAGCCCAUCACAGAUUUUUGCAGUGUGAUAAGAAUCAAUUCCACAGCUCCAUUUGAAGAACAGGACAACUAUUUUUUGUUAUGUGAUGUGUUACCAGAAGAUAGAAUCCUCAGAGAAGAGCUUCAAAAACAGAGACUGAAAGAAAUUCUGGAUCAGCAACAGCGAGAGCGAAAUGAUACGAGCUUUCAUGGUGUGUGUAUGUUUUGCAGUGAGGAAUUCCGUGGAAACAGAUCCGUUCUGUUGAACCACAUGGCCAGAGAACAUGCUUUCAAUAUUGGUUUGCCAGACAACAUUGUAAACUGCACUGAAUUCCUAUGCACAUUACAGAAGAAACUGGACAAUUUACAGUGUUUGUACUGUGAGAAGACCUUCAGAGACAAAAACACACUUAAAGAUCACAUGAGGAAAAAACAGCAUCGUAGGAUCAACCCAAAGAACAGAGACUAUGACCGAUUUUAUGUCAUCAAUUACUUGGAACUCGGGAAAUCAUGGGAAGAGGUGCAAUUGGAAGAUGAUCGCGAGUUGCUGGGCCUUCCAGAAGAUGACUGGUCUGACUGGCAAGAAUACCCUGUCUGUGCUGUCUGUCUGUUUUGUGAAAAGCAAGAAGAAACAAUAGAUAAAUUGUAUGUGCACAUGAAGGACACACAUGAGUUUGAUCUCCUCAGAAUAAAGUCAGAGCUCAGGUUAAAUUUCUAUCAGCAAGUGAAGCUGGUCAAUUUUAUUCGGAGACAAGUUCACCAGUGCAGGUGCUACGGUUGCCAUGUGAAGUUCAAAUCCAAAACAGACUUAAGGGCUCACAUGGAAGAAGCUAAACACACCUCACUACUUCCUGACAGAAAGACCUGGGACCAACUGGAGUAUUAUUUUCCCACCUAUGAGAAUGACACUCUCCUGUGUACACUGUCUGACAGUGAAAGUGACCUGACAGCUCAAGAGCACAAUGAAAAUGUCCCUGUCAUCAGUGAAGAUACAUCCAAACUGUGUGCUUUGAAACGAAGCAGUGUCUUGAACCAACUGCUACUCCAGGAACGCCUAGAAAACUAGGAGAGACUGCUGCAGAUUCUGUUGCAUGGUUUUCUCCAUGAGACAAAUAGGAAAGAAGAGCUCAGAUUUGAUUGUCAGCAAAGUAUUAUUCACUGGAGAAAUCAUGCUUGUUCUUAAUGAAACUUUUUUCAAGGAAUAAAGAAGAAAAAUGUGGCAUUUUUAUAUUUGGACUGGGAAAUUAUCGUGGUUAUCAUAAAUGAUUUCAUUUCAUAAACUAGAGAUUAUCGACAGUAAGGAAAACUAGGAAGUCACAAAUAAACAUUCAAAUAUAUAAACCUGA